AUGAACCGAAUGGCGAUAACUGCCGGAACACACUGAAUCAGAGAAUUUGUGGAGGCGCGAAGGAGAGACGGCGAUUCUCGAUCAAAAACACUAGCUGCUGAGUGUUAGACUGUAAGAUCGGAUGUGGAGAAGCCUGCUCCUAAAAUAUGGCAGAACCUGAUGGGACCGAAGCUCUCCAGUUUGAGUGGGGAAUGUUGAAGGGAAUUGGUGGAAAAAACAGAGAUGUUAAGUUUUAUAAAUCUUUUAUGUUUGACGGGGAGCGGUACGACCUCUAUGACUGUGUUUAUCUAUACAAGGAAGGUGAGGCAGAGCCUGAGAUUGGCAAGAUAAUAAAGAUAUGGGAGACUCCGCAGAAGUUAAGGAAAGUGAAAAUCCUGUGGUUUUUCCGUCCUUGUGAGAUUACCAGCUUUCUUGGUGAUGAAAAGAGUCUAGAGAACGAGUUGUUUUUGGCAUCCGGUGCGGGUCCUGGCCUUUGUAAUCUGAAUCCACUGGAAGCCAUUGCUGGAAAAUGCAAUGUUGUGUGCAUUUCAAAGGAAAAGGAAAACCCUCAACCUUCAGAUGAGGAGCUUCAAAAGGCCGAUUUUGUUUUCUUCAGAACCUUUGAUGUUUCACGGCAGAAAAUCAUGGACAAGUUAGAGGGGAAAAUUGCUGAUGUUGAUGUUAAAUUUCUUUUUAACAGAAUUAAUAUUCAGAAGCCUGCUGGCGUUCUGAAUGUUGAUUUAGGAAAAAACAAAGUUUGUGGUAAUGACACAACAAGUAGUGAAGCAAUGGUUCCCUCAAAGCUAAACUCAUCUAAAGAACACAUGAACUUAGAGACAACGAGAAGGUCUGUUGAUAAGCCUAAACUUAAUGAUGAAAAGCAGAUAUCAGCCGUAGGUUUAGAACCAAGUGAGAUUGAUAAAACUGUUGAGAUACAACAAGAUGCCUCAAGUCCUAAGACUAUCUUAAGUUUUAAAGGUAAAAAUAGGGAUGAAGAGUUGAUUCUCGAUAAAGUUCUUCCAAGGAAGCUCGAUGUGGAAGAAAUAAGGUCUACCAAUGAUGUUGGUGAUUUGGACAAUAGACCAACUAAGGUGGAGUUUGCUACUAGUGAAACAUCUAGUGACAAGAGAAAUAGUCAUGAGCAAAGACAUGUUGAGGUGGAAGAAAAUAACAAUGGUAGAAAGAGUAAUGCGUCAUUGGAGCACGCACAACCCAAGAAGGCAAACAUGAACGGAAACCAAAGUAGUGAGCAUAGACGCAAGAUCAAUGCUAAUGGGAGUUAUAUGAAUGAUUUAUCAUUUGUUGCUUCUCAAGUUGAUGAAAGAUGCAAACUCAAAGGUCUAGAGGAUACUAUCGGAACAAAUAAACGCCCUACCAAGAAGAGGAAGCCCGAGGGUAACACAUCAAUUCCUUCCAAUAAAAAGUUGCCCAACUCAUCGCAUGGAGACGAUGAGAGUAAGGUCCAAAAGGCUUCACUACCGAGUAGCUCCAUUGGCGAUGAUAAAUGUAAACGUAAAUAUGGAGGGGAGUCUUUAGUGGUGGAUAAAGACUCCAAGAAGAAGAUGAGGGUUGACGAUAAGGCAACAAAUCUUCCUUUAGCUGUGGACGAGGACUCUAAGAUGAAGAUGAAGGUUGGCGACAAGACAACAAAUCGUCCUUUAGUGGUGGGCGAAGACUCCGAGAAGAAGAUGAAGGUUGGUGACAAGGCAACAAAUUGUCCUUUAGUGGUGGGUGAAGACUCUGAGAAGAAGAUGAAGGUUGGCGAUAAGGCAACAAAUCUUUCUUUGCCGGGGGACAAAAACUCUGAGAAGAAGAUGAAGGUUGGCGAUAAGGCAAUAAAUCUUUCUUUGCCGGUGGACAAAAACUCUGAGAAGAAGGUGAAAGUUUGUGAUGAGGCAACUCUUUUGUCUGGCAAGCCACCUAGACCAUCUCCAAGGCUGCCGCAAAGUAAGGCCAAAAAGUUUGAUGGUGAAGUGUUGGAAGUCAACCUAUGUGCGGAUGCGAGUAAUGUUUUUGGGAAUGAUAAUAAGGCUUCAUCACCGAUUGCUUUUGGAUCGGAUGAUUCUCUUGGAAAACAAAAAGCCCCUCUCGAGAAGAUGAACGCAAAGUCCGCCGUUAAGGCCUCGAGACUUUCCAAUGGCGAGUUGCAAGGACAAUCAACCGCACAAUUGCAAAUUAAGUCUCAAAAGUUAGAUGGUCAAGUUGUGGAAGGCACUCAACGUUCGGAUGCGGAUAAAAAAAAGUGGUUCAAGAAUAUGCCCUGGCAAGAGAAAAUGCAAGCUGCAAACGAGCAAGGAACCCUCAUUCUGCUUCAGAAUUUGGAUCCAGCAUACACUUCAGCAGAAGUGGAGGAUAUAGUACAGAAUGGUUUAGGGGAAAGUUGCACAGCUAAGAUGAUUCAGCAGACUGCAAAUUCGAGCCCUUACUCUGGACGAGCUCUUGUAAUUUUAAAAAAUCGGGAAACAGCUAAGAAGGUUGUUAGAAAAUUAGAACAGGGCUGUUUGUUAUUGCCAAAUGGAAGACCUCUUGUUGCCAGCAUUGCAGAAACUUCUUGUUCUGCUGAAAAGAAGCCAAAAUUUUUUGGUCAUCUAGUCCUUGAUAAACUUCGGCACUCAAUGCUAAAUGAAAGGGAAAUGAGAGAAGCUGUUUCUACUUCACAUUUUUCUCAGCCCAACACUAUCGAAUAUGAUAUGUCCAUGGAAUGGUGUGCACAACAAGAGAAAACAGAUGUAUUGUGGAACAGCUUGUUUAAGCAACAAUUGAAGGAGGUGAGAGAACUCAAAGCUAAACUGGAGGCAAAAUGAGCAGUGUUUGGAUUGCAAAACUUGCAUUUUGAAAAAGCUGAUGGAAGGUGUGUAUAACUCCAGGAACGGAUAACUUUUUGGUAGGGCAUUUUCAAUCUUAUUUGUGCAAAACCCAUAUCCUGCGGUUGUGGAAUGGAUCUGAAUUUUCUGAGCGGGGAAUCACCAGACAGCCCGGUCGAUCCGAGCUCCAUCAAAUGUAAAUUCAUGUUGGGUUAAUGAAUAUCCAGCUUUUGUACAGCAUUUCGUCGUACCAAUAUGGCAAUCUAAUGGCAAAAUGUGUUACCAGAGUUGUUUUAGUUGUUGAAUUUAGUCGUAGAUUCUUGAUUUUCGGUUUUUUAGUUUAGGACAUCAGGGUUUCGGAUAAUUUUCAAAAAAUUAGAAACAAAUACUGUUAAGUGAUAUUUAUAUAACAUGGGCCUAGUAUGCAAAA